AUGAGCUCAACAUAUGCAAUGAUGAGAAUCGUUCGUUGGAGUCUAAAAGAUAUAGCAUCGUGUUUUUACUCAUGCCGGUUUCCUUUAGAUGAAGAACCCGAAAAGUUUUGUUCCUCGCUAUCUCGAAUUCCAAAUGGAGGCGUAGUUAUCAACCCGAAAGGCUCCCGUAGAAGCCACAAGGUGAAGAGAAAAAUGUCGAAAGUUGAAAUAUGCCAUCAAGAAGGUGCAUCAGUUCAAAGUUCCACAAGAUACAGUAGUACUAAUUCGCAGGAAAACGAAGAGGGAAAUGCAGAUUUGAGCUGGCCGGGGGUUGCAGAAGAGGAUUAUAUCGUCUUCUUUUUUCACGAAGAUGGAGGAAUCCACAUCAUAAAUGAUGGAAACUCAGAAGAAUCUGAUGAGGUUCAAAAUGCUAACAGUACAAGUUCAAGGCGCAUUAAUCGAAAGCUUGAUUAUGGUGAGGAUAUUGAAGAAUCUUCUGUCUGUAGAAGUAAACGGGAUACGGUGAAUAAAGCUGAAAAAGAUAAUCAUCAAACAACUGAGGAAGACAUUGCAAAGCCUGAUGAGAUCAAAGAGAUUAAUGGUGUCGAAGAGGGCAUCAAAACCAACUCUCUUGAAUCGUGUGAUUCUAACCAAUCGAAUAGUAGCAUGGGUUCUUUUGCCUUCCCAGUGUUGGGAUGGGAAUGGAUAGGCAGCCCUAUGCAAAUGCCAAAAUCACAAGGCAAACACAAGAGUCGAAAUCUGCUUCGUCAAUGUUGCAGAUUUUGA